GUCGGGAUGUUCUUUAAGAUCUACCAAACGGUGAGGAGAAGGGUCCUAUGUUCGUGAAGCAUACUUUCCUUAGCUUUCGCCCUCCCGCAAGACGGCGGUCACGUGACAGCCUGGCAACCAAUCUUAGCUUCAGACAUAAAAGAUUUCCUUCCAGACAUUUCGGGCAGCAGCAGGCCGGGAAGAACUUCAACCCGAGUGAAACAAAAAGCAGUGGGACUUUGAAAACUGCAGUGGGAGCAGGAACGACUACAUCUCAAGGGAAACGCACAAGAAACGAACCGACCGACUCUCCACUUUCCUAAAGCUUUACUAAUUUUUAUCCAGGAGACUACACCUUGUGGAGAGAAAAGUUGUUUCACAGAAAAAUGCUGAGGUUGUUGACAGCAGCAAGCUGCCUUGUGGCGGUCUCCAUGGCAGUACCCUGGGGAGCAAGGAUGACAAAUCCGGUCAAUCAAAUGAUGAGUUCGCCUUUCAGAGGGGGAGGCAUGAUGGGUGCAAUGGCGUCCUUUCUCAUGCCUGACGGCACAGCAUUGCAGUUUGCCGGGAAAAACUUGGAACAAAUCUGCUACGAGGCGUAUGUGAAAACAAGAGGAACAGAUGGACUGUCUGAUGCCAUGCGUACUGCAACUCAGUUUAUGGUUUCAUCUCCCGGUGCCGUUGGAGCAGGAGCCAAUCGCCAGUGGCAAUGCUUAUUCAAUUUCGCCACCGGAAAUGGAAGAUCUGCGGCAGGAGCUCCAAAUGUCAUCGGAGAUUACUUCGACACAGCUAUGGAGACUCCAGGAAUAAUAAAUCCCUGUCACAACCCAUACUGUGGUGAGGGCAACAUGACUCCUUUCGAGAUGCUAAGGCGUAUGAUGGUGCCAGGCGGGAUGAUGCCGGGCACAGGCAGCAUGCUGGGUGGUUUCGGGACCAUGCCCAAGCCGGUAGGCGGCAACCCACUGAACGCUGUAGGUGCCAGCGGCGCGGCAGGCGGCGCGCCCGCGGUUCCGAGCAUGGACGCCAUUUUCCAGGCGUUUGGCGGCGCGAACCAGGCGGCGUCCCAGCCGGCCCCCACCAACUCUUUCAUCAACGCUCUGGCCAGCGCCGCCCAGCUCCCACUCAACCCCUCCAACAACACUCCUGCAGGAGGCAACGCCAGCGCUCCUGCUGUGCCGGCAGCGGACGCCGCAGCGGCUGGGUCGAGCGGCGCGGCAAAGUCUCCCUUCACGCCGCAAAGCCUCGCGCAGCUGGCACAGAUCAUGGCUAAGAUGCAGACAGCGAACCAGCCCAGCAGCAGCAACAGCAGCCGAACCCUAUGUCCAUGAUGAGUAACAUGCUGCCCAUGAUGGGGAUGAUCAACUCCAUGCUUGACCCUCCUGAUUUCUACCCCAUGGGAUACGGCAUGGGAGGCAUGGGAGGCAUGGGUGGAAUGGGAGGCAUGCCCGGUAUGGGAGGCAUGCCCGGUAUGGGAGGCAUGCCUGGAAUGGGAGGCAUGUCCGGUAUGGGAACCAUGCCUGGUAUGGGAGGCAUGCCCGGUAUGGGAGGUAUGCCCGGUAUGGGAGGUAUGCCUGGUAUGACAGGCAUGCCAGCCUUCGGAUGAAACAAAAAAGGUGGGGUCACAAAGGACAAGCAAAAAGCACUUUCUUGAAAAUGAAGAAUCAAGAAAUCCCGUCAACGCCCAGCAGGCAGACUACAACUACAACUACAACUAAAUGUUAUGAACUCCUCUUUUUUACGCUGGAACUCAAAGCACAAGCAUGAAGACCACGGGACAUCACAUUGCCACCUCACAUCAUUUGAAGUCGAGAACGAACUUUGAUUCACGAGGAUUAGGAAGCUGGUUUCUGUAUUAAAAAUAAGUUAAAACAGC